AUGGAAUAUUAUCAAAAACAUGACCAGGACACAAUGUAUUCAGGCCUUGCCAGAACUGUACACAAAUUCCAAUCUUUAAUAGGUGCUCCGCACACAGAUCAUUGGAAUGCUGUCUUAUUUGGAGGUUUCAUUGGAUCUUUAUUUUCCAUUCUCCAAUUUCUUGCUUGUCCAGUUAUUGGUAUGGCUUCUGAUGUUUAUGGCCGGAAACCUGUAUUCCUGUUCUCAAUGUUUGGAGUGGCUCUCUCUUACUUGAUCUGGUCAUUUUCAAAGAGUUUCUCUCUGUUUAUUCUGGCCCGAAUUUUGGGUGGGGUGAGCAAAGGAAAUGUCAGCCUCUCCACUGCUGUAGUCACGGAUGUAUCUUCUGCUGAGAAACGAGGAAGAGGAAUGGCUUUGAUUGGAAUUGCCUUUUCUCUUGGCUUCAUCUUUGGACCUCUCAUUGGUGCCGUGUUUUCCAAAAUGGCUGAUAAAGAGCAGGAUUUCUUUGUUUUCCCAGCUCUCUUUGCCUUUGGAUUAAGUUUAUUCAAUAUUAUCUUUGUGGGUCUCUGUCUAAAAGAAUCACUACCUCCUAAUAAAAGGGCCAAGUCCUUAUCAAACAGCUGGGACCAGGUUUCUUAUUUAAUCAAUCCAGUUUCUUUAUUCAAGUUCUCAGCUGUGAAGACCUUAAAAACCAAUGAAAUCCAUUCCAUGCAGACGAUUGGCUUUGUCUACUUCUGGUACCUCUUCCUCUUCUCUGGUCUUGAAUUCACUCUCACAUUCCUCAUGCAUUCCCGUUUUGGCUACACCAGCAUGCAACAAGGCAAAAUGUUCUUCUUUAUUGGAUCCUUCAUGGCUUUAGUCCAAGGCUGUUGCACCAGACGCAUUCCAUUUGGGAAGGAAAAGUAUGUGGCCACCAUUGGAAUUGCCAUUUUUAUACCAGCUUUUUCAAUUAUUGCUUUUGCGUCUUCAACAUGGAUAAUGUAUUUUGCACUUAUGCUUUUCUCAUUUGGAGCAGCAACAGUCGUACCAUGUCUUACAACAUUAAUAUCCAGAAAUGGUAAGCCUCACCAAAAAGGAGUCAUUGUAGGAAUUUUCCGCUCACUUGGUGCACUUGCCAGAGCUUUGGGACCAAUAAUAUUGUGUACACUUUAUUGGCUUGGUGGUCCGCAGUUGUGUUACCUGACAGGAGCAAUUUGUUUAUCAUUGCCUCUGAUUGUGUUACAACGUUUGGGUAGCUGUUAA